AUGACGGCCUUCCUCUCCCACUUGAACAUGAUCCCGUACCAGGUCUUCGCCAGCCCGGCAGCCUCGAUCGUUUUACCCAUCACCCUCGGCAUGGGCGUCGGCUUCAGCACAGCGCAGACGACAAAGUCGACCUACGCCCAGAUCCGCCAACCACCCUUGCGCCCGCCCGCCGCAGUCUUUGGCCCCGUCUGGACCGUGCUGUACGGGCUGAUGGGCUACGCCGCCCACCGCGCCUACGUCGCGACCAGCGGUCCGCUGCCGACCUACCUGAGCCAGCAGGACGUGCGGGCCCUGUACUCGCUCCAGCUCGGCCUCAACCUCGUCUGGCAGCCCCUCUUCUUCGGCAUGCGCCGGCCCGCGCUCGCGCUCGCCGACAUCCUCGCCCUCGUGGGAGUCAACGGGUAUCUGACGUACUCGCUGUUCCAGGUCGACGAGGUUGCGGGCUGGUGUUUCGUGCCGUACCUGGCGUGGCUGAGCUUUGCAACGUACCUGAAUGCCGCCGUGGGGUAUUUGAACGAGUGGGAUAUUUCGGAUUCCACACUCGCAGUGCGAGCUGUCAAGGACAAGCGCAUGUAA